CCCCGCCCCCCUCUCCACCCCACGUACCAGCAGGAAGCGGAACUGAAGAGUGCUUGUCCUCUUAGCAACGCGAGGAGGGGUCAAGUGACACCACCAGCUGACUGCCGUAGAGGAAGGCACGGUGGCUGGGUCUGUUGUAACCACGAUUGCCCGGCCGGGGACCCGAGCCGAACAGUCAUCGUCAGAAUGUCGGGCAAAGACCGAAUUGAAAUCUUUCCCUCGCGAAUGGCACAGACCAUCAUGAAGGCUCGAUUAAAAGGAGCACAGACAGGUCGAAACCUCUUGAAGAAAAAAUCUGAUGCCUUAACGCUUCGAUUUCGGCAGAUCCUAAAGAAGAUCAUAGAGACUAAACUGUUGAUGGGCGAAGUGAUGAGAGAAGCUGCCUUUUCACUUGCUGAGGCCAAGUUCACAGCAGGAGACUUCAGCACCACAGUUAUCCAGAAUGUAAAUAAAGCUCAAGUGAAGAUUCGAGCGAAGAAAGAUAACGUGGCAGGUGUUACUUUGCCAGUAUUUGAACAUUAUCAUGAAGGAACUGACAGUUAUGAACUGACCGGUUUAGCCAGAGGUGGGGAACAAUUGGCUAAAUUAAAGAGGAAUUAUGCCAAAGCAGUGGAACUACUGGUCGAACUAGCCUCGCUGCAGACUUCCUUCGUUACUUUGGAUGAAGCUAUUAAGAUAACCAACAGGCGUGUAAAUGCCAUUGAACAUGUCAUCAUUCCACGGAUUGAACGUACCCUUGCUUAUAUCAUCACAGAGCUGGAUGAGCGAGAGCGAGAAGAGUUCUAUAGGUUAAAGAAAAUACAGGAGAAGAAAAAGAUUCUCAAGGAAAAAUCUGAGAAGGACUUGGAGCAACGGAGGGCGGCUGGAGAGGUGAUGGAGCCUGCCAAUCUUCUAGCUGAAGAGAAGGAUGAGGACCUUCUGUUUGAAUAAUUUUCUCUGCUCUGGUUCUUUCAGAGGUCCUAACAUGGCACCAUUUUAGUUCACGGUGUAUAGGUUUGGUAUGUGUGGCUGUUUUUUGGCCUAAGAAUUUUACCAGUUGUAAAAUUUCCCUGGAUGUCCAUUUAUGGGUUUACCUUUGCAGAAUCAUAAUUCAGCAACCAUUUAUCACAGACAAGAUUAUAGAACCUGCCCAGGAACCUGUAGUAUUCUGCAAAAGUGUCACCCUAUUCUAUUUACAUCUGUGUUACAAGUGAUUGGCUUACCAGGCAUAUUAGGAAAUUCCCUUUAGGAAACAGCAGAGGUAUCAGGCCAGCCACCAUAGGCCAACUACUGCUGGACUACCCACUCGCAUGACUUGGCGCUUGUGUCUGGGAUCGCUGCUGCCAUCCUUGUGUUACUGUACUUCUCAAGCUUUAUGAAAACCUUCACUUAUUUUUCUUUGCAUGACACAUCUCUGUCUCAUUUGUCAUGGGAGCAGUUUUGCCAGUUUAAAUGUGACAAUGGUAUAAACAGUAAAAUGAUUAAAGAAUGA